AUGGCACUACUCUUGGUGGCCACAGUAAUAGCUCUGUUCAUCGUAUACCGAGCUACAGCAUAUCAGCUUCGAGAACGACGUUUUCGUCGAUUUGCUCUGGAGCACAAUUGCGAGGAUGCUCCCAAUCUCUACACGUCGUACUUCGCAGUACUGCAGCGUCUCUGGCGACUCAUCAAUUGUCGUCGAUCAGGUGAGGACAUCAUGGACGACAUCUUGAGCCCCGACUUCGAGCGCAGACCCACAUUCGCCAGCAUGGGCUUCACAGGGACGUCGAUCGUGGGCACAAUGGAUCCUGCCAACAUCCAGGCCUUGCUCGCCACACAGUUUGGAGACUUCGAAACGGGCGAGCGCCGUUACAAAGCAUUAGCGCCUGUGCUUGGGAGAAGCAUCUUCUCGAGCGAUGGUAGUUGCCAACCUUAUCGAAGGAUACGGUCUUUCUGGUUUCUAAUUCUGUUCGCAGGGCCGUUCUGGAAGCACUCUCGGGAGCUUUUUAGACCACAGUUCUCACGAGAUAAUAUCAACGAUCUGCAAGCGACCGAGAAAGCGGUGCAAAGCCUUUUCGAAGCAAUCGAAGGAGAAGGAGCAACGGACGGCGGAAUCUGUGGAGAUACUGACCUACUACCGCUCUUCUAUAAUCUCACCCUAGACACUGCUACUGACUUCCUGUUUGGAGAGUCGGUAAAUUCCCAGCAGGCUUUUGUUCAGAAAGCCAAGUCUGGAAGUUCGAUGGACUUUUCGAAGGUCGAGGCUUUGGCUUCAGAAGCUAGUUCAGAGCAGUUUGCAGAAGACUUCGAAGUUCUCGGUGGGGGCCUCCAGCAGCGUAUACAAUUGCAAGCUUUAUCCUGGCUAGGCAACGAGCGAAAGUUCCGUCAAGCAGUUGCCAACGUGCACAAAUUCACAGAGCAUUUCGUGGGGAUUGCGCUGAAGAGCGUUGACGUCGAGCAGAAGAGCAAAAAGGACUACCUUCUGUCUGCAUUGGCAAACCAGACCCGAGAUCGUACCGAGUUGCGCAACCAGACCCUAGCUAUACUGUUCGCAGGCCGAGACACGACAGCGGCCCUACUGGCAUGGUGCAUGAUCCGACUUACACUUCACCAGGAAGUAUUUGUGAGACUGCGUCAGGUCGUACUGUCCGAAUUCGGUGCAAAUGGCGAUGAGUCGAUGACGUUCGCCCAGCUGAAAGCUUGUCGACCACUUCAGCAUUUCAUCAACGAAGUCCUCAGACUCAACCCAGUCGUGCCUUUCAACGCUAGGGUGGCAGUCAGAGACACGACCUUGCCGGUAGGUGGAGGGGCCAGCAGGAGAUCUCCUAUAGCUGUUCGCAAGAACACUAAUGUGCUUUACUCGAUAUACACGAUGCAUCGACGGAAGGACCUGUGGGGCAAAGAUGCUUUGCUGUUCAACCCUGGACGAUGGGAGCGAAGGCUCCCUUUUUCUUGGCAAUUCGUACCUUUCAGUGGUGGACCUCGCAUCUGCUUAGGACAGCAGUUCGCGCUUGUCGAGACGAGCUAUGUCCUAGUCAGACUGCUUCAACGGUAUGAUGCAGUGAGGGCUGUAGACCGAGAGCAAAUGACGAAGAUGAGAAAGGGCAUUGGUCUAGCGAUGUGGCCUGCUGAUGGGGUGAAGGUGAAGCUGCAUAAAGCUAGGGUGUGA